GAAGCUCUAUAAAUAUCUAGUGAUUCUGCAGUGAAGGCUACAUUGUAGCCUUGUAGAAGAAUCAUCCGUCCUCUUUGCUGGCUAAGAACACGGAUCACUCUUCAUCAGUUUGCCUUCAGCUUGCCCCAUCACUUCAUCUCCAUCAUGAAGUUGUCGGCUGUGUUCCUGAUGGUUUUCUCCAUGAUGGCUCUGACCAUCAUGGUGACUGAUGGUCAGAGUGGUUCCGAGAACCAUUAUUGCAGUCCACUUUUGUCACAUUUUUGGGAGCCCUGUCCGCAUGGUUGGAGGAAAAUCACCCCUCACUGCUUUCGCUAUGUUAGCACACGCAUGACUUGGGCUGAUGCUGAGAAAAACUGUCGGUCCAUGGGAGGAAACCUUGCAUCAAUUUAUAGCAUGUACUACUACAGCGAGGUUCAGAGACUGAUACGUGACAAAACUGGUAGAGCUGAUCCAGCAUGGCUGGGAGGCUCUGAUACACAGCAGGAGGGAACCUGGUGGUGGAGCGAUGAAUUUCCUGUGAGCUUCACAUUCUGGUGUCGAGGAGAGCCUAAUAAUCUUGGACGCAACCAGCACUGUAUGCAGAUGAACAUGUCAGUUGAAAAAUGCUGGGAUGACGUGGAGUGUAAUCGCAAGCUGCCUUCUGUCUGCUUCAAGAAACUCUGUGUGGAAGGAAUGAGUGAUCGCAGAAACCCCAGGAACUACGAGGAACUACGAGAGAAAACGACAGAGGAGAACGUGCACACAGCACAGCAUCAGGAGCUGACGAGGAAGACGUCACAACGACAAGGACCCGACGAGGAAGAUAGGAAACAUGAGGGACUAAAUACACAGGGGCUAAUCAGGGAGAUGGGACACACCUGGGGAGAUUUAAUGGGGAGACAGGACAACAAGGAGACAACGAGACUCAGGGAAACACUGGACAUGACAUUUUGCUGGCUAAGAACACGAAUCACUCUUCAUCAGUUUGCCUUCAGCUUGCCCCAUCACUUGAUCUCCAUCAUGAAGUUGUCGGCUGUGUUCCUGAUGGUUUUCUCCAUGAUGGCUUUUACCAGUGGUUUCAGAUGCUCCAGGCUCAGGUGGAGAGCAGUGGAGACUGCAUCCUCAGCACUGCGCUUGGACUGGUAUGCAAACUGGAAAGGGUCGUGUGAUGGGGGGAGCGUGGAGAUGAUGUGGUCCUUAACAAGUCUUUCGAAGCACUUCAUGAUGGUGGAUGUCAGUGCGACGGAGCGGAAGUCGUUAAGGCAUGUGAUGGUGGUUGACUUCGGGACCGGAACGACAGUGGCAGACUUGAAGCACCGUGGGACGACAGCCUGGUCCAGGAACGUGUUGAAGAUGUCCGUGAGCACGGUUGUUGUUCAGCUCCUCAAAUCUUCUGAAGAAGUUGUUGAGCUCGUUGAGGAAGCCAGUGUCGGUCUGGCAGGAUGGGGGUGUGGGUUUGUAGUCUGUGAUAGACUGGAUGCCCUGCCACAGUUUCCUGGUGUUGUUGGAGUCCUGGAAGAGACCCUGGAUUUUCCGGCUGUGGGCUCGCUUCGCGUCUCUGAUGGCCCGGUUCAGGUUGACCAUCGCAGACCUGAGAGCCGCAGCAUCACCAGAUCUGAAAGCAGCAUUGCGUUCUCUCAGUUUGCCUUCAGCUUGCCCCAUCACUUCAUCUCCAUCAUGAAGUUGUCGGCUGUGUUCCUGAUGGUUUUCUCCAUGAUGGCUCUGACCAGUGGUAUCCAGUACCUUUUUUGCAUGCCAUAUUUUACAUUUUUUCCGGAACCCUGUCCGAGUGGCUGGAGGAAAGUCAGACAACUCUGCUAUCACUAUGUUGCCACACCCAUGAUUUGGCCUGAAGCUGAGAUAAACUGUCAGGCCAUGGGAGCAACCCUUGCAUCAAUUUAUAGCAUGUACUACUACGGCGAGGUUCAGAAACUGAUACGUGAGAAAACUGGUAGAGAUGAACGAGCAUGGCUGGGAGGCUGUAAUGCAGAGAAGGAGGGAUCCUGGUGGUGGAGAGGUGAUUGUCCUGUGAGCUUCACAAACUGGUGUCGAGGAGAGCCUAAUAAUGGUGGAGGCAACCAGCACUGUAUGCAGAUGAACUUUUCAGAUGAAAAAUGCUGGGAUGACGUGGAGUGUCAUUACAAGCUGCCUUCUGUCUGCAUCAAGAAACGCAGACAGUGAAGUUACUAAAAAGGCCUGAUGUGUUGAACAGAACCAGUGGAGAAUCAGAGCUGCUGUUUAUGUUUUCCUGCCUUUUUGCAACUUCAUAGAAAACCCUAAAGAUAUUUCUGAUUCUUUACUUUCUUUAAUUUCUGUCUUUAAUGCAACCUAAGCAAUGAAGCGACAAGCAAACAGCAGCUGGAUUGUCUCUCUGUAAUAAAGUCAGACUGAAUGAGUUAUAAGAAAGAAUCUUCUAUGCAAAACUUUCUUCUAUUCUUUGGCUGAGCAAAAAUAAAACUGAAGAAUCAA